CUCAUUCCUCCCCCUCCUUCCGCACCUCCUCGUUCUCCUCUCCUUCCUCACAACCCUUAUUCUCUUCCUUCCCAACAGCUCCCCCAGAGGUCCCUCCAUCUUUAUAAUCCCCCCCCCAGUUUAUUCUCCCUUCAUUCUCACACUCUCGUCUUCUCCCCACGAGGGACAAGAACAGUUGGGCCCUUGUUUGAAAAGGGGAAAGGAUAAAGUAGUCAAGGGAGAGUGGGGUGACUGGAGAAGAAAUAUAAAGAGAAGGGAGAUUGUGAGAGAGAGCAGGGAAAAGGAAGAUAAGAAGGAAGAAGGCAAGAGAGAGAUGGGGAGAAGAGAAACAGGGAAGUUAAUAGAGAAGGCAAAGAUAAUAUGGGGAGGGACAGAAGGGAAAUAGGAGAGCUCUGAGCAUAGCUAAGAUUUAAUGGGAAGAAAAGUGCUGAGACAUAUAAGGAGGUGGAGGAGAGGCCAUAAGAAAGCUCGAGGAAGGAGAGGGGAGAGAAGCAGGAUAAGGAGGCAGCUGGGAAUCUCUAGUCCGACUCUGCAUUUCUUUUUUCAGUUCUGCCCAGCCAACCCAGCCUCUGCCUCAUCCUCCUGUUCUCCUUCCCCUGGGACCCUCAGCCCUGAAGCCUGUCGGGGCUGGGCCAAAGCUUGGCCCCUCCCUAGGCCCCCAGGAGCAGUGCUGUCUCUGAUCGGGACUGGCAGCUGGGUGGGAAAGGGGUGGGGGUAGAGCGGCCUGAUCCCUCCCCUCCAGCCUUUCCAGGCCACAGGGGCUGGGCUGGCCAAGGGCUUUUAACCAGCUGGAGGAGGCUCCUGACCGGCUUUUGGCGGUGAAGGCUUCUGGGAAAGGAAAGAGAUGCAGCCUGACUGUCCCACUCCACGGGGGCCCGGGAAUGGCCAGGGCGGGGAUUCAGCUCCCAGCCGGCAUGGCCAGGACCCGGGUCCCAGCCGCCCUGGGGAGCUAGCCAAGCCCCCCUACAGCUAUAUUGCCCUCAUCACCAUGGCCAUCCAGAGCUCCCCGGGCCAGAGAGCCACCCUCAGUGCCAUCUACCACUACAUCAUGGGUCGCUUUGCCUUCUAUCGAGACAACCGUCCUGGCUGGCAGAACAGCAUCCGGCACAACCUGUCCCUCAACGAGUGCUUUGUCAAGGUGCCCCGAGAUGACCGCAGACCUGGCAAGGGCAGCUACUGGACCCUGGACCCUGACAGCUACAACAUGUUUGAGAAUGGCAGCUUCCUGCGACGGAGGCGCCGCUUCACCCGCAAGAGGGGGUCUGAGCCUGACACUGAGACGCAGAGGAAGGCCAAGAGCAGGGCCCGUGGUGGGCCAGCUCGUGGGGGCUAUCGGUCCUCUGGGAUCCCAGACCCUCAUAGCGAUGCCCGAGAGCAGGAGGGGGCCUCUGGCCAGGCCAAGGCCACCACUGGACCGUGCUUAGCUCCACCACUGGAGCUGCCCGAGGCCCAGGGCCUGUGCCACACCAAUCCAGAGACGUCACCCAAUGAGAGCCUCUUUGGGGGACUUACAGAUACUCUCCCUACAACCCCAGCUGGUCUCUACCUUUCCACUUCUGAGCCACUGGCCCUGCCAGCCUCACAGAUGCUGAUGGACCUGAAGGAGCCUCCUGAGCCAGCCAAGUCUCCUGGACAGAGGGUGGACCCUCGAGAGCUGCCACCCUCCUCCUCCUCCUCCUCCUCUUCCUCUUCUGCCUCUCCAUGCCCAGCAUUCAGCCUGCCCCCAGUCUUCCCUGCCCCUCAGGGCCCUCAGCCCUCCCCAGCCCGAUUCCCCGAGGGUGAGGCCUACGGCAAGACAGGGCUGCCCAUCUUUGGCAACUUUGGUGGGGCUGAAGCUCUGGGUGGCAGCUACCAGUGCCGUGUGCAAGCCCUGAGCUUCUGCAUGGACGAGCGGGGCUGUGGCCCAGCCCUGGAUCAUCUGCUUGCACCCACUGCAGCUGCCCCAGCCACCCCCACUCAGUCACCUCCCUUCCAAUCCCCACUACCCCUUCGGGGGAACCAGAAGGAGCCCUGGACUGGGGGGCCAUUCCCACUCCAGGGAGGAGGAAGCUACCAGCUAGGGCUACCCCACUGCCUCUAUCGGACCCCAGGCAUGUUCUUCUUUGAAUGAAGUUUCCCUCCUGGUCUUCUGCUUCUUCCCCUGUACAACCAGGCAGGCCCCCCCACCGCUUCAUGCAAGGACAUGCUAAAGAAUGGACUCUUACCUGAGGGCUAAAGCCAUUUGAUCCUCUUCAGGUGAAGACACCCUGCUCAAUCUGUCCCCAGCACACUGGGUCUCUGACAGAAAGGGUGCCAGAGGUGGCAGACAGUAGGGCUCUCCCUAGGUGAAGAUGGGGGACAGUGAGAGCUUUGGUUCCCAAAGCCAGAUGAAAAAACUAAGGAUUAAAUCAGAGAGCUGGAAGGGAUUUUGGAGGUCAUCUAAUCCAACGCCCUCAUUUU